UCGAGGCAUUUUCCAGGCAACUACUGAACUCCGAAUUAUUUUCUAACUUAUGUACUGACUAACUCGACCAAAUUUCAUCUUCAUGUAUAACUCCCAGCACAGGAACAAAUCCCACAUUAAGGUUUCUAUAUAUCCGGGUGAAUCUUAACAUCGGAUUGAUCUAGGAUAGUUGCAUCGUUUUAACACAUAUUUUCAAGAUUCUGAAUCAUCGGUGUGGUUAAAUUAGUCCUUUGAAAAUGGCAAGUGCGGCUUUUCGAGCUUUCUGGAACAGUCCUGUUGGUCCAAAAACAACUCAUUUUUGGGGUCCUGUUUCAAACUCGAGUUUGUUCAUUUCUGGGAUGAUCGAUACACAAAAACCUCCCGAAAUAAUAUCUGGCAACAUGACCGGAGCAUUAUGUGUGGCAUCAGUGUUGCUGAUGAGGUUUGCAUGGAUGGUGCAACCCCGGAACUAUUUACUCCUAGCUUGUCAUGCUUCUAAUGAGACUGUGCAGCUUUAUCAGUUCUCUCGUUGGGCUCAAUAUCAUGGGUAUUUGGGUGAAUCAAACAAAGAGCAGGCAACAACAGAUGAGGAUGAAUAAGUUUGCCACUUUAUUCGUAUGUGUGUGAGUGUAUUAGUCGGUUAAUAUUGUUUAAUUUCUCUGUGUUUCAGUAUUAUGUUUAUCCAAACAUCAGAAGAUUGUACAUUCAAUGUGUUUUGUAUCCUAUUACUCUGGCUCUGUACACAUAUCCAAAGGCUAUUUUUUAUUUUCUAAUUA